AUGGGACCAGGUAAACGUUAAAUGCAUGGAGUGCAUUUGCAUGUAAGCCACGUGGUGAUACACUAUCUCAUGCCGUCCACGCAAGAAGCAGAGAAUACCUUAGCCACUUAGAAAGAGGAAGGUGGCCGGUGCAAUUGGUCAGUAUUCCAAAACUCCACAGUCCACAGAGAGAGAGAGAGAGAGAGAGAGAUGCUGACUGACGAGUUCGGCGUGCGUCAUUUGUGCGCAUGUGUCUCAUUGUGAGCCAUGCAACAGCCGAACUUAACACCGUAUGCAACGUGGCUGAUGUUUUAUCGUCCACCUGACCUUCCCUUCCUUCUUUAAGAACCGGACCCCCUCCCCCGCAGGUAACCACCCUAUCCCAACAAUAUUAAAUAUCAACUCAAGUACCCUUUCCCUUCUCUCUCUCUCUCUCUCUCUCUCUCUCUCUCUAGUUAGCUACUUGCAGAGAUGAUGGGGAGCCAAGCCCAAGAUAAGUUCUCAGGUUUCUACAAGCAAUGGUUGAAGCAACAAGACGCCAAUCUCAAAGAACUCCUCUCCGCACCAAGGGACCCCUCCCAUGAACAACUCCACCAAGCCAUCGUCUCCAAAGUGGUGACCCACUAUAAACAAUACUACACAGUCAAAUGGGUUGCUGCCAAGGACGACGUUCUAGGCUUCUUCUGCCCAACCUGGUUCAGCUCUCUCGAAAACGCUUACCAUUGGAUGACUGGUUGGAAACCCUCUCUAGUUUUCCGUCUCAGAACCUCAUUACGCCAGACCCGGGUCCCACGUGCGAGUCUCGUCGACAUGACUGAGGAACAGCUUGAGAAGAUCCAGAAACUUAUGAUUCGGAUAAAAAUGGAGGAAGACCGGGUCGAUAGAGAGAUGGAGAGGCAACAAGUGAGUAUUGCCAAUAAGCCAAUGGUGGACCUGUCUAGGCUCGCCACUCAGGUCAAGAACGGGGAGGUGGUGGGGGAAUUGGGUAAAUAUGUGGAUGUGACUUUGAGCUCGUUAUUGGCUGGUUUGGAACAAGUGAUGAAGAUGGCUGAUUGCGUUCGCUUGAAGGCCUUGAAUGGUGUACUAGAAGUGCUCAAUCCCUUGCAAUCUCUGGAUUUCUUGGCUGCUAUUGCAAUGCUGCAGAUUCAGCUGAGGGUGGUUGGGAAGAGAAGGGUGAACAUGCAAAGAUGAUGAUGAUGAACCAGAAGGAUUAAGAAAGUGAUUUAUGUUUAAGGGAGAGGAAUGGAAUAUCAUUAUUAUCAUCAUCAUCAUCAUCUCACAUCAGUUAUUGUUACUAUUGCUUACACCGUUUGAUUGUAGAGUAGAAGAGAUUGUUUCUAUUGCUUACACCGUUUGAUUGUAGAGUAGAAGAGAGUAUAUCUUCAUACAUCUCCAUACAUAUAUAGUACAUAGGCAUAGUGGGUAGGUCAUAGUGUCUUCUCUUAGAAUAGAAGAAAAUUUAGGAUUAGUAAUGUAAGUGAGGAUAAAUGUACCGUGAAAUUGUUACCAUGUGGCCAUGCCCACUUCCAUUGUCUGUAUCCUCUGCAUCUCAUAUAUUAAUAAAGCUUUU